UUUGAGUCUCUGAUGCAUUGAUUGAAUGUGGUACCUGAAGAAUAUACAUUUAGAAAUGCCACUUUUGAUCUAGAAUCUCGCAUAUCAACCACUAAAAGACAGCAAUAAUGGCUGUAUUCACAACUGACUCAAUUAUUGCUGUCUACGACACAGUGGUGGAUAAUGGCACCAAUAGUUCUGUGAAUAGCACUUCAGCAGAUUGCACGAAUGAGUAUUGCGUUUCAGAUGAAGAUUACCUGGCGAUGAUCGAAGAUUACAUCUUUCCCUCGUCUCCAGAAUGGAUCCUCAUAACGCUGCAUGUCACAGUGUUCCUGGUGGGCCUAGUUGGCAAUGCUCUAGUUUGUGUGUCCGUGUACCGGAAUCACACCAUGAGGACAGUCACCAAUUAUUUCAUCGUAAACCUGGCCGUUGCUGAUUUUCUGGUUAUCCUCAUAUGCCUACCACCUACCGUACUAUGGGAUGUCACGAAAACAUGGUUUUUUGGGAGCAUUACUUGUAAGCUCGUCCUUUAUCUUCAAAAUGUCUCCGUGAGCGUUUCUGUUCUCACCCUCACAUUCAUUUCCGUGGACCGCUGGUACGCCAUCUGCCAACCUCUCAAGUUCAAGAGCACAGCAGCACGUGCCAAGACCUCCAUCUUGCUCAUCUGGCUCAUCUCCAUGUCCAUCGCCCUCCCGGAAGCCAUCGUUCUGGACACCAGGAAACACCCCCUCCCGGUGGACACCCUGUACCUGACGGAUUGUACUCACACUUGGAGCGAGGGGAGUACCAGGAUAUACCAGCUCUUUCUCAUCAUGGUACUGUACGUGGCCCCUCUGACCCUGAUGGCUUUCACGUACUACCAAAUCACUCGAGUUCUGUGGAAUAAAAACAUCCCGGGGUCCUCCGAGAGUAAUCACAUCCCAUCGAGGAUUUGUAAUAAAUUGGGUCCAAGGCAAGGAGCUGUUCGUGCGAACAACACAAGCUGCGAAGGCCAGAUAAGAUCUCGAAGAAAGGCCAGUAAAAUGUUAAUGGCUGUUGUCGUCAUGUUCACACUUUGCUAUCUUCCUGUUCAUCUGAUCAAUGUUUUGCGUUACACAGUUGGCAUUCCCCAAACUCCUGUCACAACUGUUGCAUCAUUAGUAUCUCACUGGCUGUGUUACGCGAACAGUGCCGUCAAUCCUGUCAUUUACAACAUCAUGAAUGGAAAAUUUCGGAAGGAGUUCAAGAACACGUUUACAUGUCAGUGCUUGAAGAAGAAUAGGAGGCACAUCAGCAGGGGUACGACAUAUCUCUGUAAAUAUACCAGCACAGUUUCCCACUGUGACAAAAGAAUUCAUGAAUUGGCAAAUUUUUCUUAAUACACAUUUCUCUGUGUAUGUCCAGAGCUUAUAUGUACUGAAAUCUCAAAUGUAUUGCUGUGAAUGGAAUAA